AUGACAUCUUCAAUUAAUAACACAACUACCCUUAUUCCUGAUCAACCUAUUUCACGUAAACGAAAACAAGAUUUUUCCAUGGAUACCUCGAAAACGUCAUCGUCAGCUGCUUGGUCAGAGUUUGUCUAUUCAUCCCCCAGCUCACCAUCCUCGAACAAUAACAACAUGACCAAUGCUACACACAUGCCUCCAUCCUCGUCCACGGGAGGGGACAUGACACUUGACAGCAGCAGCAACUUUGCUAAUUUCGACAUCAACUUGGAUUCCAUUUUUGCUUCUGGGACCAAUGGCAACUUUGAUCAUAGCUUUGAUUUCGACCAAUAUAAUCUCGAGUCUCAUCUCCCGCUAUCAGGGUCCGCUUCCCGACGCCAUUCAGUUGCUGUGGGGGAAAUGGAUUAUCAUUCAUUUGACAAUCUCAAACAGGAUUUCGAUAUUCGGCGUUUCGAUGCUAGUCUCCAACAGCUCCUUGAACUCCCUUCGUCUUGGUCUUCAAACAGCACAAGUGAACAAAGCAAUGAUUCCUAUCCACCUCCAGCACCACACAAGCGAGCCAUGUCGUUGCGAUUGGAAACCUCGUUGCCAUUGCAACAGCAAUCAACAGGUUCCCCGGAUACGCCAGCUUUAUUCACACCCAGUUUUCUCGAUGCACUCAAUGCUGAGGAAGAUAAAGAUGCGCCACUCCUGUUUCCAUCAGGUGCAAUAUCCUUCACAACGCCCACACCUUUGAAUGGUGAUGGUGGAGAGAACAAUCAACAACGACCUGAGGACAUGUUGAACAUGUCAUCAUCACCAUCUAAUUCUUCGGUCGAUUACUUGUUGCAGCAACAUCAUCAGCAAGCAGCCACCACUACCGCCACAAGUAGCAGCAUCCCCAUCAGCACAUCAAGCACAAUUGCACCAUCAGCUAUUUCUAACAACAUGUGGAUGAUGGGUGGUGAUCAUCAUCAUACGCCUGAAAAGUCAUCAAACCGCUCUACGGUGGCUAAACGCCGUGUCAGCAAGUCGAGAACUUCGCCACCAACAUCACCAUCGAAUACCAUUACUUCAUCCAUGUCAUCCAUGUCACCUUCACCACCUAUCACUCCUAUGCAAGCUCAUGCAUUUGAUCAUUCAAACAAAAAGCAUCAUCAUCCCACCAUCCUUGAGGAAGAUGAAACCAUAUCUGAACAGCAACACAACAACAAUUCUUGGGCAAACAGCACUGAUCAUCCUAUGCGCAUGUCGAAAAGUAGCUUGAUUGCAGCACGUAUGAUGCAAGGGGUGAACACGGCCAAUAUCCUCAAGCCCCAUGUGCAGCAAUACUUGAUGAGUAACGACCCUGCUGGUUCGGGUGAACGCACUAUCAUGAUUUUGACGAGCAAGGUUGCACAAAAAAGCUAUGGAACGGAGAAAAGAUUUCUAUGUCCACCGCCGACUACUAUUCUCUCUGGUUCUUGUUGGUGGGCGAGUGAUCGUCAAGAAGGCCCACAAGGUUUCUAUCCUGGCGCAUUGGCACCUCCCAAAUUGACAAUCCACAUUUCCGGUGAAGCUAAUAGCCAGUCAGGUGUCCUUGAAUGGUACUCAGCAAAUGGAAACAUCCUUGAUGGCACAUCCUCUGCCUCUGCUGCUGCUUCGGGUGAUACAACCAUGUGUGGCAAAUGUGUAUCAAAGCAUCUCCACAUCAAUGAUGCCGACGAGAAGCGAAAGCGUGUUGAAGUCAUGGUCAAGAUGCAGCUCGGGAACGGCCUUCAACUUGGUACCUUGGCAAGCAAGGGUAUUAAGGUUAUCAGCAAACCUAGCAAGAAACGACAAAGCGUCAAGAACAUGGAAUUGUGCAUUCAUCAUGGUACGACCAUUUCAUUGUUCAAUCGUAUCCGCUCGCAAACAGUAUCCACCAAAUACCUCGGCGUAUCCAACAAUGUACCAGUUCAAGGCAAAGGCAAUAGCAACGCCAAUGGCAAAGGCAAUGGAACAUGCUUUGUAGCACGUACUGGCUCUUGGGAUCCAUUUGUGAUUUGGAUUGUUGACACAUCUCGUGCACCUGAUGUGGGACAAAUGCCUCGUAAGCAUCAUCCAACAAAUCCUAAUUAUCCACCACCACCAGCCAUUGCAUUGCAAGCCGACACCAACCAACAACCCAUUGCUAUCCACUACAAUCAAGCUGUGGUGCUACAAUGUGUCACAACAGGCCUUGUUAGUCCCGUGAUGGUGAUUCGAAAGGUUGACAAGGGAAGCAUGGUAUUGGGCGGCAAUAAGUUGGACGACUUGUCAGGCACCACAGGUGGUGAAUGUGGCGACGAAGCUCUUGGCGACCCUGUAUCACAGCUUCACAAGAUCGCUUUCCAAAUUGUGCAAGAUCCAUCCAUUGCACAUAGCAACAAGGCAGGAUACCAUCGACACCAGCAACAUGGCAUCGAUCGCAUGUCAUCAGAAUGGAAAUUACCACAAUCAUGCCAGCCUAUUACUUACCUUGCAUGCUUGAAUGAUGUGGUUGGUAUGCAUAAAACAACAUCAGCACGUACCCUCACUUCACAACAACAACCACGAGCAGCCGUAACGGGAACACCAAAAUCCACAGCAUCCCCUUUGAGUUGGCUUGAACAGCAACAACAGCAAAUGCAAUCGAUGACAUCCAAUAAAUUUGUUGUAUCGGAAGAAAACAAUGGCAAGGUGAUACGCAAGAGACGUGUGUCAUGUGAUGUUGUCAAGCCUAUGUCAUUACCCGCCAAAUUACAACAAUCAACUGCAGCUGCACAUCGACGUCGUGUGAAUUCGCUAGGCGAUGUCUCGGCAGUGGCUGGUGGUGGUCGUCGUGGCAGUGUGGCUGAUCGUCGUGGCAGCGUGGAUAGUACAACACAAGCUAAUACGGAUGGUGCAUGUUGGACUGAAGAUGUAUCAGAUGCAGCUGUUUGGACCAUUGUGGGCACUGAUUGUGCUACUUACACAUUUUGGGCAGCUCCACCUCUUGGCGAUAUCAAUUCACCUUUCCUACGCACUGAGAAUGGAUCAGCUAUUACACCUUUCCCCACCAUCACAACAAAUAUCAAUACACAGCAAGCAAGAAGUGACAACAAUACUCUCACACUCGCUGGUGAACACCUUACUCGUGAUUUGUCGGUGUGGUUUGGUGACAUCAAGGCUCCUCGCACUGAGUAUCGUUCACGUGAAGCGCUCGUUUGCUCCAUUCCUGAUUUAAACGACUUGCUCUCAAGCCCAGUCAUCACAGUCGAUGAGCAUGAUGGUGAACGAAAACUUCCCUUGCUCCUUGUCAGAGGUGAUGGCAUCGUAUACCGCACAGGCCAAUUCUAUUUGUUCUAA